AUGAGUGCUUUGCAAAAUAUCAAUGGUUUGAACGGAGUCGGCGAGAACCAAGGCAGAGAUCAGCAGCAACCACAACACGAGCAAGGCGGAGGAGGAGGAGGAGAAGGGGGGCACCUGCUGCUGUCGGCGUCUCAAAAAGCAAUCCGCGACCUGGCCUAUGCACUGGAGAAGGAUAGCGAUGGUUGGCACUCGGAGAGAGAGAAAUGGGCCAAGGAACGGGCGGCGCUGGAAGCCAGCCUGGGCUACAAGGAGAGCCACAUGCAAGUGCUGAAGAAGGAAAACAAGAGGCUGGCCCGCGUUGUCGGUGACGCCAAGCGCGAGAACGAGCGGCUUGCUCGCGAAUCAUCGCGCCUCAGGGACGAGAAAGCGGACCUUCUCGCACGAAACGCCAGACUUGAUGCGCGGAACCUUGAGGUACGGAAACAGAUCGAGGCGCUGGCGGAGCGGAACCGCAAGCUCAAGGCUACCGUGGAGCGCGAAUUGCUUGAUGACAUCAACCCCAACUCAGCCGCCUCCGGCAACAGCAACAACAGCAAGAGGCCGGCGGCGGUUGAUCGGAGGCCCCAAGAAGCAGCAUCAUCGUCAGUGCAACUCGAAGGUGGCAUCCAGAGCAUCGUCGUUCCCAACCCGCGCCGUCGCCCGGCUGAGACUAUCGCCCCCAGCCGCGGUAGCAACGCCAGCACGCACCGACGGCGACGGCGACGAAGCGAGAACAGCGAUACCGACGAGGUCGUGACGCCGCGGAGUACGGCUCCCGGUGAAGACCACGAACCGCCGCCUGCGGUGACAGCGGCGUCAACGCGAAAUCACGCGGAGGCCGUGGGCCAAGGUGUAAAGGGGUGGCGUCUGGCAACGGAGGCGGCCAAAGCAACCCACACGAUUCGGCAAGGGUCGGGAAUGGUCGAGGCGGCCCCCCGUGCUGGUGGCAAAGGCGGCCACACGGGUGGAGAGGGCGGAGAGACGCGCGGUUCCGGAAGGGUCGAGAGUAGCCCGCUGGAAGAGGAAUGCAAAGGUGCGACCGCACGUGACGACGAAGUCCUCCCCGGCUUUGACUCACGCCACCGCGCUUCUCCUCAUGGACCCCACCAUGGACAAGGCCUUCCCUCGGGAGAACGCAGGAGAAUCCGAAGAGACCGCAGCAGAAAAAGAUCAAGGCUGUCCCUCGGGGGUGGGGCCGAAGAGAGGCCGUAUACCUCCGGCGGACGUGCCGUGGAAAUCACGGAGGUUCUGGAUGCUCCGCGGCCACGUUCGUCAGCGGCACGGAGUGGGCGCGCUUCGCCCGAUUCCCGGCCGGGCCAUUCGUCGAGGAACGAGGUGAAGGCGCUGGACAAAGGGCCGAUGUCGAAAGCGAAGGGUAAGGAGCAGCCUCUUUUGGAUGGCCCCACCGCGGGAGCAAGGCCGGGCGGAAACUCUGAUGGUAUUCAGACCUUUCCGGGAGCCCUGUUGGCAGCGGAGAGGAUUGGGUCUUCGCGCGACGGUGUCGGUAGCAGGGCGGGUGUCGGGGGGUUGGGAGAAGGUAGGCGGCCGGGUACGAUGCAGGUGGCGAGGAAGCACCAGCGACGACCCACGAAGCAGGCCUCACAUCAGCAGACUCCUCCGCGACCCGUCUUGGACCAGCAAGGUGGAAAGGGAGGUAACUCGUCGUCGGCAUCGUCUUCGACCGUCUCGUCGAUGCGCAUCUCCCAAAACAGAUCCGACUCGGACCACGUGCGAAAAAAUGAGGCGCGUUUGCAUCGCGAUCUCGACCAGCUCGGACGAAAAAACAAGGACACGUUUGAGACAUCGGCGAUGCGGGAAGGAUUAGAAGGAGAACGGGUCGUCGCUGGUGGUGACGAUGACGGUGGCGGUAGUGAUGCGGGCACAGCCUCUUCUACCGGUCAUGACGUGGUAUACCCUCGGUUGACUAUGGCCGCUGUCAACAGCCCCAGAAAGAAGAAGCCCGGGCAACGGCGGCAGCACCACCAGCACCAGCACCAGCAAGAUGCCACAGUUGUUUCUUCUGCUGGAGCUGAUUGCCAGGGCUAUGAGCGACGAAAGGGUGGCCCAGUGGUUGGCGAUUGUGGUAGUGAUGGUGGUGCUUUAGGCGGCAGGCUCGGAGAAGUCGGGCGGCUCCCCUCACCGCCUCGCCUGUUGGAGGCAAACGACAGAGGCGGGACCCGCGGUAGUGAUCGGAUUGGGAAUGCUGGUGCACGAAAAGAUGAACUUCCCGUGGAAGGGAGCGCCGGAAACGAAAAGCCCGCCCCCCCGGAACAUUCCAACGGGGGCGCCUCACACCAGCGACGAUUGCCAAAACCCACAGAGAUCGACACCCCGGGGGAAGAGGUUGGCGGCAAGGAACGGGUAGGUUCUUCCAGCAAGAAUCGGGCGGCUGCGGCGGCUACGGCUGUGGCAAGGCACCAGGUUGUAGCCAAUCCCUAUGCGACGGCCGGGGUGACCAGCCGGGGGGGGGCGGGGCGAGGAGGAGAACGGGCGCGCGAUGACAAGCCGCCCAACUACAAGUUCCAGGAGGUGGUCAGAGACCGAUCCAAAAGGGCGAUGAUGAAAGGGCACGACUGCGAGCACUGUGCGGCGUACCUAGCGGCGGUGGGGGGGUCUCCAGGAGAGCGAGAGGCGAUUCUCAACAUGUGCUCACGGCACAAGUACACCGAGGCGAACGGCCGGCCGGCGGAAACCCCGGAUGGCUUUUGGGACCUCUCUUUCGCUGACAGCAUCGACCCCGAUAAACACUAG